UGUGAGGGAGGGUGCGCCGGAGGAGACCCCUGCUGCGCAUGUGCGACGAGAAGGGUUUCCCUGACCGUGGAGGGAAACCUGGCCGCCUGGUGCAGGGCGGCGGUUCUUUGCUGUCCUAUACGCUGGCGCCCGCUGGGCGGUCGGGUUCGGCAUUUGCUCUGCGGUCCCCGCCCCGGGCUCUGUGCGCCCUCCCUGUGGCCAUGCUGGGAGGCUUUGGGCAAGUACUUACGGGGCCUGGGGUUUAAUGUCCUCAGCCUUUUCAAGAUGCACCUUAGAUUCAUGAAUCCUAAGAUCUAUGGCCCGCACUGAUUGGUCAUUAUAACGAAAUCUUUGUCGACAAGCUCUUUUCUCCACCCGGGGAGGAGCAGCUAGGAGAAGGAAAACACAGUUCCCGAAAUUUUCUUACGUAACAAAGUUGCCAAUAAGAAUUAAAGCUAAAGAAUUGCUUUUCUGCAGGCCCAGAGGUGUAGCAACAAGAUCAAGAUCGCAUGAAAGCAUUCUUCUUCUUGAAGGCAAUUAGAAAACGGUGGGAUGGAAAGAAAGUGCUGCAGCCACCCGAGGUUAUGCGGCUUCUCAACUAUGUAUAUGUUAAUUCUCGGUGCCAUAUUCAUUGCUUUGAGCUCAGGGCGCGUCUUACUGGUAAAAUACUCCACCAAUGAAGAGAACAAAUAUGAUUAUCUUCCAACUACUGUGAAUGUGUGUUCAGAACUGGUGAAGUUAGUUUUCUGUGUAUUUGUCUCAAUCUGUCUCAUAAAGAAAGAAGAUCAUCAAAGUAGAAAUUGGAGAUGUGCUUCCUGGAAGGAAUUCUGCGGUUUCAUGAAGUGGUCCAUUCCUGCCUUUCUUUAUUUCCUGGAUAACUUGAUUGUCUUCUAUGUUCUGUCCUAUCUACAGCCUGCCAUGGCUGUUAUCUUCUCAAAUUUUAGCAUUAUAACAACAGCUCUUCUAUUCAGGAUAGUGCUGAAGCGGCAUCUCAACUGGAUACAGUGGGCUUCCCUUCUGAUUCUAUUUUUGUCUAUUGUGGCCUUGACUACUGUGACCAAAACUUCUCAGGAUAACCUAGCAGGCCAUGGAUUUCAUCACGAUGCCUUCUUCAGGCCAUCCAAUUCCUGCCUUCACUUCAUAAGUGAGUGUCCCAGAAACGACAAUUGCUCAGCCAAGGAGUGGACUUCUCCUGAACCUCAGUGGAACACCAGAGCCAAGGUUUUCAUUCACAUUCGUCUUGGCUUGGGCCACGUUCUUAUUAUAGUCCAAUGUUUUAUUUCUUCAAUGGCCAAUAUUUAUAAUGAAAAGAUAUUGAAGGAGGGGAACCAGCUCACGGAAAGCAUCUUCAUACAGAACAGCAAACUCUAUUUCUUUGGUGUUCUUUUUAACUCACUGACCCUGGCAGUGCAGAGCAGUAACCGUGACCAGAUUAAGAACUGUGGCUUUUUUUAUGGCCACAAUGCGUUUUCAGUAGCCCUUAUUUUUGUGACUGCUUUCCAGGGCCUCUCAGUGGCUUUCAUUCUGAAGUUCCUGGAUAACAUGUUUCAUGUCUUGAUGGCCCAGAUCACCACUGUCCUCAUCACUGCAGUGUCUGUCCUGAUCUUUGACUUCAGGCCCUCCCUGCAGUUUUUCCUGGAAGCCCCAACAGUCCUUCUCUCCAUAUUUAUUUAUAAUGCCAGCAAGCCCCAGAGUCUGGAAUAUGCACCAAGGCAAGAAAGGAUCCGAGAUCUAAGUGGCAGUCUUUGGGAGCGUUCCAGUGGGGAUGGAGAGGAACUGGAAAGACUUACCAAACCCAAGAGUGAUGAGUCAGAUGAAGAUACUUUCUAAUUGGUACCAAAUAGUUGGCAGCUCUCACACACCUUACUCUCAUGUUUUCAGCAUUUCUAAUAUUUAACUUUUCACUUCAUUAACCCAAGAAUAUUUCUAAAGCAUAGUAUUCUUUGCAUGUAUCUAACCAUCUAAAUUGUGCCAUCCAAGUCUUUAGAGCACAUAAAGAGUAAAAGUUAUAAGGAACUAACAGAGUAAUAAUAUAGAGACAAAAUUAAUGGCCUUGUAUUUGAUAAGUCGGCAAGAUAUAUUUGCACAUUAUUUACUUUGUCCUCAGAGGUUCCAAAAAUCUUGCAAUAAUCAUGUUAGGUAUAUCCUGUAAAUAUGCAACGAGGAUCAGUGUGCCAGAAAUUCAUGAUGGUGUGCAUCUAGCCUGGAGACUGCAGUCUUCCCUUCUUUAUUAUCAUAAACAUCUAGGUUGUCCCUUGAAUUUUGAGGCCCUAGAGAUGGUCAUCUUGCAAUUCAAAAGCUGUGGAACUCUUUUUAAAAAUUUGGAUUGAAGGACAUAAAUAUCUGAGUAUCCCAUAGACUUGUGGUAAGUAGUCUGUGCUCAGUGUUCUGCUGAAGAAGCAAUUAUUCAGAAUAUUUUAGUUUUUAGGAAUUCAUGGGAAAUUUUGUUUUCAGUAAUCAUAUUUUACUGUUUAUCUAUACAAGAAAGCUUCAAUUUAGGUGAAACUUGGUUCCCAGGUCACCAAAGUUACCACUUGUAUUUUAACUUAUUUAAUCAAGUCAUGGUGGGCUUUUUUCCCUUUCUCAGUUUGUAUAUCAACAAAAUCCUGGCAUCAUCACACUUGGAUUAUUAUAUUUUAGACAAGUACCAAGAAGAUAUUUUAUCAGAUAUUAAUCAAGCUUGUGACUUAAUUUUUAUACUUUAGUACUUGCUUGUAUUUGUUUCAUAUGCUGUUCCCAAGAGUCACGCUGUAGUCCACAGCUCUGGCUUCAGAAUCAUACUAGAUUGUCACUAAGACUUACGCCCAGGAGAUCCAUUUUAAAGGAUCACUUUGCAAUGAAAUAUUGUCUUUUACUGAGAUAUGAAUAGUAUUACUCUAAAAUUAGGAAGACCAAUAAUCAAAUUCCUUGAUAGUAAUGUUUCAAAAUUAUAAGUGCACAGUAUUUUUCAGAGUAUUUUGCAUGCAGUUAGUUAACUGUAUUAGAGAAGUCAGGGGAUAGAUACAACUGAGAAAGCAGAAUGACUUGCCCAGGGUCAUGUAGCUGGGUGAUGAUGGAAGAGCAAACUCUAGCUGACAGGCCUGUAUGUUUAGAGAACUGUACUAAAAUAUGAGCUAUGAGGUGUCAUUCUCAUACAGCAUACUCUUCUCUUCUUUCCCUUAAUUUUCAUGCAGAUAUUUAUAAAAGAGAAUGCUGGGAUAUAAUUCCUCUGUGAUGUGUACAACAGUAAGACCAGGAGAGUUGGUGGAAAUUUGUAAUUGAAAUAAUUGUUAAACCUUUUUUUUAUGUCACCACUCUGGCAUGUGAGGUGGGAUGUGGAGUGCUUUCAAUUUCAACAAUGGAGAUGAGUGCUUAGCCUUGUGGUUAAUACACUGGCUAAGAUGCCUGUGUCCCACUUCAGAGUAUCUGGGUUUGAUGCCCAGUUCUGGCUCUUGCUCCUGAUUCCAGUUGCUGCUAAUGUAGACCUCAGGAGCCAUCAGUGAUGGCUCAAGUGAUUGGGUUCCUGCUACCCACAUGGGAGACUUGGAAUGAGUUUCUGUCUCCUGGUUCCAGUGCCAGUUCAGCCCCAGCUUUUAAAAUUUUUUCCACCUUUCCUUUUGGAAAGCAUUUGUUGCCCAAAGUAAAAUUUGUUAUCUUACCACUAAUGAGAGAAAGAGAAAUAGUAUAAUAAAAGAAACAAAAAUAUGUUCUGGAGCACAACCAGUGUACCACUGGUUUGAGGAGGAUAUCUUGAAGGUGCAAGGUCUGAAAAUCGUUUUCCGGGUGCUCUGUAAAAUCUAGAGAGUGUAUAAAUUGGAGAGAAGAAUUAACAUGUGGGAAAGGAAUUGCACAACCAAACUCCAGUGAGAGUUCUAAGGUGAAGAUGAUUCUUUUGUUAUAAAGAAGACUCUCCCAACAAUUGAUACUUUGUAACAGUAGAAAAGCUCUUCCUGAAGCCUAAUAGAGAGUUAGUAAAUUCUCUGCCCUGAAGUGGUGAAGAAGAAAGUCUGUCAUGAGGAUGUUUUAGAAGAGAUUCCUUCAUUGAUCUUGGAAGUUGGACUAAGUGAUUGCUGAAAUAAUUCCCUGUUUAGAGUCUCUUCUAGGCAGUUAUGAAAUACAACUAAUUCAUCAAUUUUUUUUUUUAAUUUGAAAGGCAGAGCCACAGAAGAAGGAAAGAGAGAGAGAGAGAGAGAGAGAUUGAAAUUGAGAUUGAGAUUCACCAUCUACCGGCUCACUUCCCAAGUGGCCACAAUGAUGACCAGGGCUAGGCUAGGAGCCAGGAGCCUCAACCAGGUCUCCAACAUGGGUUCAGGGGCCCAAGCUCCAAGCUGUCAUCCUCUGCUGCCCUCCCAGGAGCGCCAGCAGGGAGCUGGAUCUGACGUGGAGCAGCUGGGACUCGAACUGCCACCCAUAUGGGAUGCCAGCAUCACCCAGCACACCACAACGCCAGCCUCCAGUAGUUUUUGAAUAGCCUUGAAUCACAGGUGUGGUUUGCAGUGAAUGACCUGGGUUAGCUCUUGUUAUGCAUCCUAGGACUGGACUUCUGUUGAGGAAUGUGGCUAAUCCUGAGAAGCAGGAACAUGACUGCUGCUUAUGGGGGAAAAGUAUGCUUAGACCCAGGAUCUCAGAUCCUGGACCAGCUGCCAUAGGUUUUCAAGCACCACAUACAGAGGGGCCACUCAGGGCGGAAUUACUGUUUAUAGCUCGAGGGCUUUUCUUUUUUUUUCUCUCUGAGUCCCCAGGCAGAACCCAUCUUACUGUGAGCUGGGCAAAAGGUGUAGCUUCAAGGAAUCCUUUCCCUCUUUGUGCAGGCCCAGCAGACUUCAAACACAGCCCCUGUCCUCCUGGGUUCUUUCCCCUUUAGCUAUAUCCUGCUUGUACUCGUGAGGUCCUGCCAUUCCAAGUGGGGAAAAGAGGCAGAGAGAGUCGGACUCAGUGAAAAGAUAGUGAUUCUGACUCUUUAAAGCCUAGAGCAGAGUGUUUUAAAAAACGAAUAACAUGGCCGGCGCCGCAGCUCACUAGGCUAAUCCUCUGCCUGUGGCACUGGUACUCCAGGUUUUAGUCCCUGUUGGGGCGCCAGGUUCUGUCCCGGUUGCUCCUCUUCCAGUCCAGCUCUCUGCUGUGGCCCAGGAAGGCAGUGGAGGAUGGUCCAAGUGCUUGGGCCCUGUACCCGCAUGGGAGACCAGGAGGAAGCUCCUGGCUUUGGAUCAGCGCAGCGCACUGGACGUAGCAACCAUUUGGGGGGUGAACCAACGAAAGGAAGAUUUUUCUCUCUGUCUCUCUCACUGUCUAACUCUGCCUGUCAAAAAAAAAAAAAAAAAGAAUAACAUAUAUUCCCCUCUUUAAAGGGAAAAAAAGCAUUUUUCAUAAAUCUCAGUGCGCAUCUUUUUUCUACUUCACUGUGACUUAAAUGUAGACAAAUAUAAUAUGAAGUAUAAACUAAUUUACUUAUACUUUUUAUAUGAAAACCAAAACACCUUUACACAUUAAAUUACAAAGCUAUAAAACUAGUAAGUUUUCAACUCAAAUAUCAAUUGAAUGAGAAAGUGAUACUUUGUUCAGAUAAAAACAUUAGAGCCCAAUAGCCCUGCAGAACCUCUGCCCUCAUUUUCUGUAUUAAUUUCUUCACAUGUCAUAGUAUCUCUGCCAAGAUAACAGAAAUCUGCUGAUAUUGCUGGUAGUGCAUUUAAUCCUGAUGGGAUUUAUGAACUCACAUCCCCAACAAUCCCAUAAUGGCCUUUGUGCCCUGGGGAAAAAUUUUUAAAUGUCAGCUUUAUGUGUUCCCUGAAGUUCCAAAAGAACUCACUAAUAAAAUAGCCUAGACUAGCAUGUUUUAGGUUACAUCCAUACAUAUUGCUCCCCCUUCCCUAGUUUUCCAUCUCUUCCACUUCCUCUUUUUGGUUCACUCUUAUCAUUUAUAUUUUCCUAAAGUAACCAUUUAUACAGAUUUUUAAAUUUAUUUGCAUAGUAAGUUAUGAGCUGUCAUUCUCAUAAUUCUUUUAAUUUCCUGUUACCAUUAUUCUGUUUUCUUUCUCAUUCAUAAUUUUGUAUGUGAUUGUUUUCUCUUUUUAUAAAAACAUAGGUUAACUAUUUCUAGUAAUUUUUCCAGACGUUUUACUAUGGCAUUGUGCAUAUGGCAUAAAAUUUACUGUAUUAACUGUGUUUAACGGUACAGUUCUGUGGAACUAAGUAUGGUCCUAUUGUUGCACAACCACCACUACCACCACCAUCCUUCUCUAGAACUUAUUUGGUGAGUGGAAGUCCAUAUUGCUGAGCUCAUGUAGAAUCUUUAUCCCAGCUACUAUAAUCACUUGUUGUCUGAGCGCAUUUUGGCAAUGACAAGGUAACUGGGGAAAGGAGCUAUCUGGGAUCAUCAUAAUGUAUUAUCAAAUCCACUUGAUUAUUUUACCAAAAUCACCUUUUGGUGAGCUUUCAUAUGGAACACAGAUACCUUCACAGCCAUUGCUCACUUAGAGUGGUCUAUUCAUGUACCUUACCCCCAAAUUUCUUUGCCAUUAAUUUUCCUUCAGAGUCCCUGUCUAUCUGGUCAAACCAUUGGCCAUAGCCCAUGAAUCACUAUCUACUUGUGUGUCUGGCCAUUUCUCCCUCCAAGCAAAGUAUACAACCUAGAAUACUGCUUGAUGUUCUGUCCACAAAGAAGAUCUUUCUGUACCACUGUGGGAUGUCCCAGAAAGGGGCUAUAGUAGUCUUACAGCUGUGCACUUUUGGGUGAUGCCUGAGUAUCAUUGAUUAUUAGAACCAUUGAUAAACCAAGUUCUAGUGUUCUCUUCCUCUAUUAAUUGUUCAUAGGAUGCUCCCCGUGAGGCCAUACAUGCAGGCUGGGAGAAAGGAGGCAGUGUUGCAGGAGUAGGAGCUAUGGGCACUUGAGCCACUUCUUCAUGUAACUUAUUUGAGCCUCAGGACCUGCUCAGAGUUGAUGAUGGAUAUCCCACUUCCAUUUGAUAGAGUUCUGUACAAACUAAACUUUAUGGCAUGGUGAAUCAAAUAAUACUCAGCUCAUGAUAGACAACUUAGCUGGCAUAAUUUGAUGACCUGUGGUUAAAUAUCCAGUUUCCACUAAAGCCCAGAACAGGCCAAGAGUUUUCUCUCUCAAAAGGAGAGUAGUUUUUGGAUGAUGGCAGGGGCUUGAUCCAAAAUCCUAAAAGCUGCCACUGUGAGUGUGUCCCAUAGAGGCUUCCUGAAAGCUCCAAACAGCAUCCCUGUCUACCUCUCACACCUCAGGUACCAUUGAAUCUGUGGAUCAUCUGUUACUAGAGACAGCACAGCUUAUGUAGCAUCCUGGACCUAUUGCAGAGCCUUCUGUGCUGGACCCCACUCAAAACUAUCAGGCUUUGGGUCACUCGGUAGAUGAUCCAGAAUAGCACAAUUAAGUGAGGCAACCAAAGUGUGUUGCCUCCAAAAUCCAAAUAGGCUCAGUAGGAAUCAUUCCUCUUUCUUGAUUGUAGAAGGAGCCAGAAAUCUAUCACCAUAGAAGUGUUAUCUUGAUAAGCCUCUCACCACUGGGCCUCUAGAAAUUUCACCGAGGAUGGGCCCCUGAAUUUUAGUUGGAUACACAAUCAAAUUCCUUACCAAUAAGUCCAAAGUAGUUACUAAGUCCAAACAGCAUAACAUCAUAAUUAUUACAAAGCAAUAUGAUAUCUCGUGAAAGGGAACAGGGAUCAAGGUCCGGUGAACCUGAACUAUAUAACAUAGUACUGAAGAGUUGACCUACUUCUGAGGUACGACAGUGAAAUUGUGUUGCUGACCUUGCCAGCUGAAAAUAAACUACUUCUGGGGGGCUGUGGGAAGGUAUGGAGAAAAAAAGCAUUUACCAUUUCAAUAGCUGCAUACCAAAUACCACUAUUACUUCUGCUGAAGCAAUGAUAUCACAUCUGGUGUGGCAGCUACAGUUGGAGUCAUCACUUGGUUAAGCUAAUAGUAAUCCCCUGUCAUUCUUCAGGUUCCAUCUGUCUUCUGCCCUGACAAGUGGGAGAGUUGAAUGGAAAUGUGAUGGGAGUCCCCACACCUGUGUUUUGCAAGUCCUUAAUGAUGGCACAAAUCUCAGCAGCCCCCUCCCCCCAUCCCCCCACCCCGCGGCCAAGAUAUGCAGCCUUGUCUUUAAUUUACUACUUUCCUUAAUAAAAGCAGCGCUUAUGGGAUCCAUUCAACCUUUCCCACCGUUAGAGCUCUCCAUAGGUUAAGGAGCCAAUGUGGGAAUUCUGCUAGCUGCUAAGUAUCUCUGUUGAAUUUACACAUUCUGGAACUGGGGAAAUGACCACAUGAUGGCUUUGUAGACAUAGUCAACACUGAGUUGGACCUGAACUAAACAUGGCUUUUAUAAGCACCUACAGGGACUGGAGGGCCGCAGUGGUGUUUAGGUCUCAUGAAAUCAAUGUCAGUUCACAGCCACAGUCCAAUAGUCAUUGAAAGUUCUGAUUGUAUUUUUCCCCAGUGCAUGGUUACCCUUACUGUUUGAAAUGGAAUGGGAGAAAGAGGAACAGUAUAAAUUGUCAGUAGAGUUACCAGGGUUCUUCCUGGAAGUAACCCAGCCUCCCCUUAAUUCAAGGGGUUUGGGGUCUAUAAACUGAUUCAAGUCUGUGAAUUUAUUGAGGAGUCAUGACUCUGUGAUUAAAAGUAAAGUUUUGUUUACAUGACCUGGAAGUUCUGCCUAUAUAGGUUAAGAAUUUAGUAGGCUUCCUAUCGAUUUUACCUCUAGGAAUACCAUAAUUAGUCAGUGCCAUAAAUCUGCAUGAUCAAACAAUUCUGAUUGUUGUUUUGCCUCUGCUGUUGAUUAUAAUAACUGUGUCCACUUUGCCUUUGACCUUUAACUGGCUAGCACUUAGCCUCUGCUAUCCUGGAAUCUAAUUAUUCCCAAUGCAUUUUAAGUUUUCCGAUUGAGUGACUGUAGUUCCCACAAUAAAGUCUGGCCUACAGACAAGAACAGUCAUGGAGUUAUUUAGGGAUGCUGGACUCCUCACAUAUUUGUCAAGGUAUUGGUGCAAGGUAUGUUUUCUGGAUCUUCUCAGUGUGGAUGAAUAGGUCUUAAAUGACAAAGCCAUUCUAACAUUCCUAUAUCCCUAAGCCUUUGAUUCCUUUCCUGUAUGUUAAGCCAAAGAGAUCAGGUAUCUCCUACUUGCUAAUGGGGGGGCCAUCUUUUGAUCCAUGUCUUUUAAUCUGACCAAACCAACAAGCAGUACCUUUCUUAACUCCAUUAGCAACAACAUUCAAUGCAAAAUCUCUGUAUAUAGGGCCCAUUCCACUAAAUUCAUCCUGAUCCAACUUUACGUCCUUCUACCACUAUUCCACACCCUUCAUAUUCAUUCCCACAUAUGUUCCCCAUAUUUUGCUUGUAUAAAUUAGAAAACCAAGUAUUUCUUCUGGGAUAUGGUGUGAUUCCUCCUGGGUCACACUUCGUACGUGACCUUUUGGGGCCUGCUAGCAAGAGUGGUGAGAGUGUGUCUUAAGGAGAAUCAGCAAUGUCUUGCUUAGCAGCUGCCUCAGGAAAGGCCAUUACUGUUUCCUCAGGCAGUGCCGGGUUAAUUCCUUCAGACAGAGGCGGAACAGCCAGCAACGCUGUGGGUGAAACACUGCUGCCACUAGGAGUAGGGAGGCCUUUUCUGCUGGCAAAUAAGACUUCAGAAUUUAGGAGGGCAAUGUCUCCAGCCUCAUCAGAAUCUUCCCACACUUCCCAUCUCAGCUUACAGGAUAUUAUUCUUCCCAGACCCAUGCCCUUGUUUUCAUAGUAGACACCCUGUGAGGCUGGAAGUUCAACUUUUCCUUGUAAUUCAGUCAGUUGCGUGAUGAGGGCUUAUGUUUAACUUUCAGCAAUUUCACUCUUAGGGCUACAGGAGAGAGGAUUCUCAUAUCAUAGCGCACUUAGAAACUCUCAGACUGUGCAGCACCACGAGUUUCAAACCUUACACUCAUCCUUUUAUUUUACUUGGUCCAGUGACAAUUAGACGCAGCUUGUCAACAUUCUUGUAUUCCUUAAUUUUCCACAAUGCUCAAAAGUGGUUAGUUAGCAGAAUUCAAAACAGGUUAUUUGGGGUAUCUUUAUAGACAGUUCACACCAUGGACUAUCUGUACUAUUAGGUGUAGAAUCCUUAUCCUUUUGAGGCUGAUCAGAUUAGGCAGCCAAUUCUAGAAACUCCAAAACUAAUUAUGAAAACUCAUUCUUAAAAUUCUCUAGAAAAAAAAUUUGUAUUAAAAUUCUACAGAGAAAGGGAAAUAAUUGAUGGAUGGAUAGGUAAGUAAAUACAUAGGUAGGUAGGUAGAAAGAUAAAUGUAUCAAAAGAUUUAUUAAAUUAAAAGGGAUUUGUUAAGGGAAUUGGCACACAUGAUUAGGAAGACUCAGAGGUCCCACAGCAGACCAUCUGCACACAGGAGACCUUGGGAUGCUGGUAGCAUGGUCUCAGAACCCAGGUAACCAGUGGUGAGACUUUCAGUUGGAGGUCAAAGGUUUGAGGACCUGGGGAGCAACUGGUGCAGAGUCCAAAAGCCAAAGAACUUGAAGUCCUGGUGUCCAAGGGGCAGCAGCAGAAGUGUCUCAGUUCAGGAGAAAGAGGAAAUCACCUUCCUUUUUUGUUCUAUCCAGGACUGCAGCCAAUUAGGUGGCGUCAACCACACUGAGGCUGGAUCUUUCCACUCCAGUCCACUGACUCACAGAGCAUUCUCCCCCUGGAAACACUAUAUAGACACACCCAGAAAUAAUGUUUCACCACUUAAUUAGGUAUUUAAUCCAGUCAAGUUGACACCUAAAAUCAGUUGUCACAAAGGAAAAGGGUGUUGACCCUAAAAAUCCCUUAGAAAUCACUUCAGUCAAAAGGGGGAGGCCUUGCAACAAUGGCUGAGAGUUAUAACAUCUGCUAUGACCUCUUUCCGCACCAUCAGUGGUGAGAGUAAAGACCUCCAGUAUUUGAAGAACUGGGACAUUUUUGCCUACACUGGGUACAGCUGUGUGCAAGCUGCUCCAGGAACAUGAGCACAGCUGCCUGCCACAGGGCUAAGGGGUACAGGAUGGGUAGCAGCUACUCUUGCACUAGCUGAAGUUGACCAAAAUUAACUGCAGUUUACAGUCCAAGCCUUCCCUGUAAGUUGCAAGCCUUCAGUAGACUCCAGGGUUCCAAAAUAGUUCCAUGAGAGAUUCUACCAGUGCAAUUAUUGUCUAGGUAAGCAGGCAGAUUACCGGUGCAUCCUCUUUUGCUGUCUUCCCAGACUGCUUCACUUUAUUAAAAUUCCUAUUUUGUUUUGUUAGGGUUUAGCUUAUGUUGCUUUUCCAUCUUCCAUAGUUGAAAUGCACUUCCUUUUUCUGUUUGCUAAUGAAUAUGUUUGUAACUAAAAGAAACAUUCCUUGGAGUAUACACAGCUUUGACCAAUCUGUAAAGACUUUGACAUGCAGUGCUGUCAUUAUUUCUAAACAUUCUGUUUUGAGUCAAGGAUUGUGUGACUGAGAUUUUCAUUCAUACUCUUGUCAGUUUCUGGUUUUCAUAGAUCUGGUUAAAGAAUGAGAUAUGUACUCUUUUAGUUGAAAAUUUGGAUAUUUCCAUCAUGUUUCAUGGGCAUUUCUGUUUCUGUUAUUUUCUUGUAUUUCUGAACAAUUUUUUCAUUUUGUAUCAUUUCAUGUUUUUUUUUGGUACAGAAAGGGGCAUGCUAUUUAUAUUAUAAUUUAUUUGUAUGUGUUCUUCAUCAUUAAAAAGUUACCAUUUUUCUCAUGUAAUGCUCUUUUGUCAUAAAUUCUACUUGUCCAAUAUUAUACUGUUCGCAUAUUUCAUAAUAUAAAUAUGAAAUGAUGUAUCAGUAGUGGGAAUAAUGCUGUCAUAAUGACCCUAAUUUUAAUGUAUUAAAAUUGAUAAUGAUAUUGGUGUUAUAUUGAAUAUUGUUUUCAUAGUUUGUUUUCUUUGCAUAGUUUUUAAUUGAAUUAUUAGGUCUAAUUUUGCUUCUGGUUAGCCUACAAUAACUUGAGAGUACAUUGGUGUUUGAUAUUUUGAACUAGUCUGAAAGUUUCUUAAGAUACUUGAAAUUUAUUCCACUUGUUUCAUAGUCCGCUUUAUUACUAAUGAUAACUCUUACAUUUAAAAGCAACUCAGAACUUUACAAGUGUUUCAGUUUCAAAAAUUACGAAGUAGUCAUUUAUUCCUUUCACCAAAAGAUGGAAGAAUUUAGAACAAUGUGGUUCCUCCCAGCUCCCCAUUUUUCUUAAUAAGCAUUGGGAAUCCAAUCCAGACCUGCUGUAGGUAGUGUAUUUCAUCUAUUCUGAAAUUCAUGUUUUCACAUAGUACUAUCUCUGAAAUUGGGAUGUUUUAAACACAGAUGUGUUAAAAUAGCUAAAGCCUUGUGGCAGCAGUGAUAAAGUUGCUUUGCUUGCACAUCCAGGCAUUUGGCAUGACUGUAUAACUGUGCUUAUUCAGCCUACAAAUCACUUCAGGACCACUUAAGGAGAGAAUGACCUUGAUUAUUGUCUGAACAUCUUCAUUGAUGCCUCUUGGUAAGAUCAAGAACACGCAAUCCUCAGACUCUAUAGAACAGGUGUCAGCAGCCUGGUAGAAGAUGCUGGGGAUGCCAAGAAAUUCUCUUGAAGAAAUUAUGCAUUGGGCUAAUGCUGUGGUAUAGAAGGUUGAGCCUCUGCCUGCAGUGCCAGCAACCCAUAUGAGUGCUGGUUCAAGUCCCGGCCAAUCCACUUCUGCUAAUGCUCCUGGGAAAGCAACAGAGGAUGGCCCAAGUCCCCAUGCCCCUGCACCCACGUUGGAGACCCAGAUGAAGCUUCUGGCUCCUGGCUUUGGCCUGGCCCAGCCUCAGCCAUUGUGGCCAUUUGGGAAGUGAACCAGUGGAUGUGAGAUUCUCUCUCUCUCUCUUUCUCUCCCCCUUCCCCUCUACCCCUUUUCCCCCUCCCCCUCCUCGUCUCCCGCCUCUCCUCUUCUCUCUCUCUCCUUUUCUCUCUCUCCUUCUCUCUGUUUUUCAAAUAAAUAAAUCUUUUUUUUUUAAAAGAAAGAAACGAUGCAUCAUCAUCCAUUCUUUCAGUGUCCCAAAGAACUGUUCUUUGACAGUGACGACUGUUCACCAAAAAGUGAUUCAAAGCUUCUGACUUGAAAUGGGAAGAUGUUUUUAGAGUAUUUUAAUUUAUUUAGUUUAUAAAUUCCCUUUCAUGCUACUAGAAAAUGAUACAUGGUAAAUAUUUUAAAGCUCUUUAAACAAAUGUAAAUAAAAAAUUCU